AUGCACGCCUACCUCUCCCUGGUGCUCUUUGCCAUCGCCGCCACCGCGGCCCCUUCGGCCCCUCACCGGCAGGGCAACCCAUUCAACAGCUUCCCCUUCAACCCGAGUGGCGGCGUUGGCAGCUUGGAGAUGGACUCUCCCAAGAAUGACCCGGGCAAUGAUGUGCCCUAUAAUAUGGAGGAGAUGCCUGCCCUGCCUCUGAUGCCGGAUGGCACUGAGAUGCCCAUGUCCUCGGCUGUGAUUGACUCGCCGUCCAUCCCCGAGGCGUCUAUUAAGCCGGAAUCGUCUCAUAUUCCCAUGGCCCAGCCGGAGCAUAAGCCCACUCACAAGCCCGAGCCCGAGCAUGAGCAUGAGCCCAUGUCUUCCCAGGAGCCUGAGAUGAAACCGACUGCCACUCACGCCGCCCCAAUGCAUGACACUACCGCCGUCGAGACCCACGUGCCUGCGACUCAUGCCACGCAUGCCGUUAAGACCAUGGUCACACAUCCCGCCAAGGCUGCCAGCAUCCACCAUCAGCACAUGAAGGUCGCCUCUUCGAGCUCCGCCGAGGCCUUGGACUCCAGCUCGUCGGAUACUCCCACACCGACACCGACACCGACACCGUCUGCCGCGCCCGCUGCGGCCGCUGACCCACUUAACGGUCUUCCAGUCGUCGGUCCGCUGCUUGGUGGUCUUCUCGGUGAGCUACCUGGACUAGGCAGCGGAUGA